AUGAAUGAGAAACAAAUUCUCGGCGUUGCUGGUAGCAGUAAUGAUGUACACCUUAUGACAUUAGAAUAUUAUAACGAACAUAAAGAUGAACUGAAAGGAGAGAAGGGUGACACCGGACCUCAAGGACCACAAGGAAUACAAGGAAUACAAGGAAUACAAGGACCUCAAGGCGAAAACGGUUUGGAUGGAAAGGAUGGAAAGGAUGGAAAAACUGCUAAAUCAUGGAUAUGGGACCUUAUAAAUACUGGUUUAACAGCUGCUUCAUAUGGAGUUCUUCAAUACCAAAUCGGAAAGAUAUGGGCGGUACUUGGUGAAGAAGUUUUAAAUGACGUUAAAAAUGCUUUGAACUUCAUUUCAAAUGGUUCGGAUACUAUUAAAACUUUAUCUGGUUGGAUGCAAGAAACAAGGAGUCAAAUAGAUACUGUAAGACGUAUAGCAAACAAUGCACGUACGGGAUUGGAUACUUUACGACAAGCACAAAAUACACUAAAGGAAGCAAAUGAUAUUCUUGGCUCAGUAUCAGACAUGCAUGAAGAUUGGCUUAAAG